GGAUUUUUCAUUAUUUUUUAUGAUUUUCUUCGUUUUCUUUAAAUAAUUUAUUAAUUAAAUGUAAUUUUACAUAGAAUAUUUUGUAAAGAAAGUCAGAAGUUUGUUAGAUUAGCAAAAGAACAAAAUUAGAGACAAAUAAUUGAUAUAAAUUCACAUCAAUGAAAGACAUGAAUGGGUUAAAAAGCUUCCGUUAGACCCCGCUGUUUUCCACCACUAAACAUGCUUUUUUAUUUCGAUAGUUUUCUCCAGAUUUUAGGUAGUACGUUCCUUGAAUUGUUAAUAGAAAAAAUCAGUAAGACUGUCUCUUGUAUCCUUGUGCCCAUGAGUGUGGAUUAUCCGCCGUUGGAGGUAGUUUUUCGCAGUGAAAACUUCGUUGCUGUGUUCAAACCGCCGGACGUCAAGGAGGUUGUUCUCUGGGAAUGUUUGCACGAUCAAUUUGGCGGUGUGGCUGACAGGGAGACGCAGCGAGGCGUCUUCCGGCGAUGCUUUCAAGCUGAUGGAGGCUUCAGUGGGUUGUAUCCCAUUGCAGUGAACAAGAAGGCAGCUCUGGCCCUCAAGAGCACCCUCACAGCUACUCAUCCACGACGGAGACUCCACACGUACUACGUGGCUAUUGUACGGGGGCUAAUGGAGCAGCCGGAGAUUCGCAUUGAUGCCCCAAUUGGGAGAGAUUUGCGCUUCAAGACACCAGUGGUGCGGAUGUGCACAUCAACGGAUUGGGAGCACUGCUACAGUCCUUGUGAAUGCACCACGCAGGUGAUUCUCGUCGAAACCGGCUACCUCGAUGGGGAAUUUGCCAGCAAGGUUGUCCUCAAGUCCUACCGUGGCGACAGGAAGCAUCAGUUCAGGGUGCAUCUCAAGGAAAUUGGGCAUCCCCUUGUUGGGGAUACGCUCUACGAUGAACUCCGGCAUCCAUUCAAUGAAACCCUCAUGAUUCAGCUGCUAAGGCUACGGGCGGAGAGCGAUGUGGAGCGCCUCUGGGUGGAGACUGAUGAUCCCUAUGCAGGAGAGAAGUUCAGCGAACGCUGGAGGAUCAAGGAUUCUUUCCUUCACUUGCAGGAUGCCCUGGAAAAGCUAGACUCACUGGAGACAUUCUGAAUGUAAACUGAAAGUGCAGAAAGUAUCAAGUGGAUCCUUCUUUUCUCCCAAUUGCUCCCCACCCUGCCCACAAAAUCUCGAAGCUGUGAGUGCACCACCAAAGUGUGUUAAAAUUGUAUUUAAUUGCAUGAAUGUUCUUCCACAUUAAAUUCACAUUGUCAUCUCAA